AUGUACUUACCAAGACGAAAUAAAGAAAUGGUUAUGAAAAUUAUUAUCGUUGUUUCCGCUUACUGGUUUAUUUCUAUCUCAUUGGUAUUUAUCAAUAAAUGGUUACUGAGUGAUACAUCUGUGUCGCUUGAGGCACCAUUAUUUAUUACAUGGUUUCAAUGCGCAGUUACAGCGCUCCUAUGUUAUUUUGCAUCUUAUGCAGCUCUGUUGUUACCUAGUCGUGUAAAGUUCCCACAGUUAAACUUUUCCAUCAGGACUUCGAUUGAAGUUUUACCACUGUCCAUUAUAUUUGUUGCAAUGUGUUUCGUUUUACUUUUUGGCGCGAUCAUUACUACAAUUUUCAAUGUCGUCUUUACCUAUGUGCUUUUGAAUACGAAGACUUCAGCUAAGGCAUUGGUUUGUUGUGCUGUCAUUAUUGUCGGAUAUAGUGCUGGAGUAAUUAUUGAAGGCAACUUAGGUUCGUUAAGUUGGAUUGGCCUAAUAUUCGGUAUCGCAUCCAGUGUUACUUGUGCAUUGAAUUCAAUUUAUACAGCGAAGUGUUUACCAAAGGUUGAGGGAAGCGUAUGGAGACUUACAUUUUACAAUAAUCUGAAUUCUAUAUUUUUGUCGAUUCCUAUCAUUGGUAUUAUGGAGUAUCAACCGAUUAAGGAGCAGAUCUCUAAUACCAGCCUAUAUUUCUGGCUUAUUAUGCUUAUCAGCGGAAUUUUUGGUUUUGCAAUCGGUUAUGUGAGCACACUACAGAUACAAGUGACCAGCCCACUAACCCACAAUGUUUCUGGCACAGCUAAAGCGGCUGCACAAACAGUAUUAGCAGUGAUUGUUUAUCAUGAAAUCAAAUCUAUACCGUGGUGGGCUAGUAAUAUUGUUGUGUUGGGUGGCUCAGCAGCCUAUGCAGUUGUCCGACAUUCAGAGGGUAAACAAAAGUCGAUGGCAGUAUCAAUGGUGAAUCAAAUGAUGAAUGAUCCUUACAAUGAUGGUGACAGCAGUAAACACAGUUUGAUCAAUAAUUUGAUCACUGGUCGUGAUGAAGAUAAUGAUGAUAUUAAUGAUAAGAUAUUUGAUAAAAGCAGUCUACCAAUAUCUCAAAUUGGGAUGGUUUGAUAAUAUUAUUUUGUACUUAUGUUGAUAAGUAUUGUGACUGUAUUUUGUAUUUUUCUGUGUUUCUGAAAGCUAGCUAGUGUAGACACAUUUGGCUGUGAUAACAAAUAAAUACAUUCAUCGGUUUUGGAGUAGCGGAGACGUUUUUUAUUGUCCUAAUUACUAUUGUUUAUUUCAUGAAUCGUUAUAUCUCCUUCAGAAAUUAUUGGUUUCUUCUUUUGAGGAUUCGUGCAUGGAAAAGGAUGAACCUAUAAAUGCUUAUGCCUCAUGGAUUUUUUGAAAUACAAGUGUUUCACUUGUGAUUUAGACCAUCCUUUUAAUGUCAGCGGACAGUAUUUUCACUGUGGUAGUGUGUUAAGAUUUAUUAUUAUUAUCACUGUUUAUUGCUUUUCCCUUGGGUUCCUAGUGGAACAU